AUUCUGUGCAGCUAACAAACAUGACCAAACCAACUACUAAAUGGUGGAAAGAAGCCACCGUAUAUCAAAUCUGGCCAGCAUCAUACAAAGACUCGAAUAAUGAUGGGAUUGGAGACAUCCCUGGAAUUAUCUCUACCUUGGACUACCUCUCGGACUUGGGGAUUGAUGUAAUUUGGUUAAGUCCAAUGUACGACUCUCCUCAGGAUGACAUGGGGUAUGAUAUUUCCAAUUAUGAGAAUGUAUAUCCUAAAUAUGGAACUUUGAAAGACAUGGACGAAUUGAUAAGCCAGUGUCAUUCUCGUGGGAUGAAAUUGAUUUUGGAUUUAGUGAUUAAUCAUACUAGUGUUGAUCACCCUUGGUUUAAGGAAUCGAGAUCGUCCAAGACUAAUCCUAAACGGGACUGGUAUAUUUGGAAACCACCAAGGUACGACGAACACGGUAAUCGUCAUCCUCCUAACAAUUGGCUGUCUUACUUUUCAGGAUCUGCAUGGAAGUACGAUGAGACAACUGAUGAAUAUUACCUUCACUUGUUUGCAGAAUCACAACCUGACCUCAAUUGGGAAAAUGAUGAUACUAGAAGGUCAAUCCAUGCAUCAGCUGUGGAAUUCUGGUUAAAACGUGGAGUUGAUGGAUUUAGAAUCGAUACUGCUGGUAUGUACUCCAAACAUCAACAUUUCAAAGAUGCCCCAAUCACAUAUCCAGAAUCUGAAUUCCAACCUUGUAAAAUAUAUCAUCAACAUGGACCAAGGAUCCAUGAAUUCCACAAGAAACUUGCUGAAUUAAUGUCGCCCUAUGAUGUAAUGACCGUGGGUGAAGUGGGGCAUUCUACUCGUGAAGAAAGUUUGAAAUAUGUUAGUGAACAACAAAAAGAAAUGAAUAUGAUGUUUUUGUUUGAUGUUGUCGAAGUAGGAUCUGAUCCUGCCGAUAGAUUCAGAUACAAAGGAUUCAAUUUGCUUGAUUUCAAGAAAGCUAUCAAGUCACAGGGUGAGUUUAUUGAAGGUACAGACGCAUGGAGUACUGUGUUUAUUGAGAACCACGACUUCCCCAGAUCAAUUACCCGAUUUGGAAACGAUUCUCCUGAAUAUCGUGAGAUCUCUGGUAAGGCAUUGGCAUUACUCCAAUGUUGUCUUACUGGAACAGAAUUCAUAUUCCAAGGUCAGGAAAUCGGGAUGGUCAAUGUUCCUCGUGAUUGGAAAAUCGAUGAUUAUUUGGAUAUAAACACACUUAACUACUACAAACAAUUCAAGUCCAAGAACCCAAACGCCUGUGAAGACCAAGUUAAUGAUCUCAUGACCAAGAUUAACUAUCUUGCUCGUGAUAAUGCAAGGACUCCGGUUCAAUGGGAUGAUUCCCCCUAUGCUGGGUUCUCCCAGGUUAAGCCAUGGAUGAGAGUUAAUGACAACUAUCCUGAAGUCAACGUGAAACUGCAAUUGAAAGAUAAGAACUCCUUGCUUUUGUUCUGGAGGGAGAUGCUCAAAUUGAGAAAGAAGUACAAAGAUAUCUUCAUCUAUGGACAUUUUGAAAUUGUCGAUUGGGAGAACCCAAAGGUGUUUACAUUUAUAAAAACCGGUGAAACACAAUCGGCAUAUGUCGUGAUCAACUUUAGUACCGACAAUGCGCCAUUCACACUCCCCAACAAGGACAACCGCUUGUUAAUUUCCAAUAAGGAGACUUCCAGUGAUAAGCUCACACCAUACGAAGGUAGAAUAUAUAUAUUCAACAAUUAGAUUAUAUAGAAAGAAAAAAAUAAUAAUAAAAAUAAAACUUACAUCCCGCCGCCCAAUGAGAACUUGAUCAUCUGAGCCAAUCCGGAAUACUCAUCAUUCAAGUCCUCCAUGAUAUCAUUAAACCAGAAUCCAAUCAAAACCACACAAUAAAUAAGGAUAAGAAUCACCCCUUUGAAGUAGUUCAGCUUGCCUUCGGCAUAAAUGUACGUAAAUAAAUAUAUGGAAAUUAAUGUCGCGAUAAUGUCCCAACGGGGGAAUACCAAGGGGAAUACUUGGUCGACGUUGGUGAAGUUCUGCACCAUGGAAUACAACACCAAACAGGGGAUUUGAAUAAGGACAACUUGUAAUGCGUAUGCAGAACCAAUUUCCAUCGAUAAUGCCACAUUACCACCAAUGGCAAAGGAAAUAGCAUUAAGGAAUUCUGUAGUGUUGGGAACUAAUGCAAACACAGUAAGACCAAGGAAUUUAGGGUUUAUGGGGAAAUCAACAAGGAUGGCAUCAACAGUAUCAACUAAAAUCUCAGCAAUGAUGGCGUAUAAUAAUGUAGCACCAAGAAGAAUAACUGUAGACUUGGUUCUCGACCAAUUAGGUGCAUCAUGGCCACCCGUACCUUCAUCAUCGAGGUGUUCCUCUUCAACUUUAAUAUCCUUGGGUUUCACCGCUGGAGGCUGGCCAAGUACCGCCGAUGGGGGCAAUGCACUCAUUUUAGGAGGAACAGGUUCUUGACGGGGUGUUUGUCUUGGAGUGGCAUUCAAACUAAUCAUGCUUGGAGAUCUCAUAAAACUGUCAUCGUGUCUCUUGUUUUCAUGAGUGGCCCAGAUCAAGGAUGCGUGAGUUCGCAACGUAAACAACAAUCCACAUAUAUAAGCCACAAAUAAUGCAAUGGCCACAAUCAACGAAAAUGGUUUCAAGACAUUGUAAUAUAAUGCGUCUAAUGUGAAUGAAGGUUGAAUGAAUCGACACUUGGUACAGUCAUCGCCACCAAGUGUGAUAUCACAGGUGUGGCACUUGAUUUCGUAUGCUCCAUAAAUCUGAUAAAACAAAGAAGGGGCAAACAUGAUAACCAUAGCAAAUAGUAACAUGGUCGAAGACACUCCGGCGGAUCUGGGAUUGUACCUCUGAGUUUUUCUUCUUACAGCACCUCCACACAUUGAUAAUCCAGGAAGGAGGAGAACACCACCGAGAAUAGAACCAAUCAUGGAUCCCUCGACUAACUUACCCUUGUACUGUUUCAAGGCGACACAAUAAAGGAAGAUUUCCACAACUGUCGAGAAGAAAGCGUUGAUGGCAGCACCAACACCCAUGGAUGAUUGCGCUGAAAUCGAAGCGACAGCUUGACCAAUGAAAUAAGCUAAUGGGAUAAUGGAGAAUAAUGAAGCACAGAAAAUCACAGUUGAGUUGGUAAACCAGGCAUCGAUAUCCAACACUUCUUUAAGAACAAGGAAAUCAAAAAUAACAAAUAUAACCACGGCAAGUAAAUUAAUAAAGAAAAUGUUGGUACCAUCAAUAGUGUAUUUGUAGUAGUGGAACCCACAACAACGGUAAGUACAUAAUAAAAUUCUUUGUUGUUUCUUUUUCUUCUUUUGCACUGGGUCCUCCAU